AUGGUCACUCCUGCUGAAUCUCCCGAAUCCUUAAAUCCUCAAGCACAAAAGAAAAAGCGAUCACGGCGCGCUCAGAAGGGAAACACAUUGAAUAUAGUGGGAGUGAAUCCCAAGAAGACCCUGUUUGUGGAUGAGAUUGGAGAUAUCUUGAUUGACCAGCUAUGUGCAACGACUUUGCACAGUGGCCAGCUCGAAGAUAGCCAAAAUGGCUCAUGUGUCUCUGUCAUGGACCACUUGCGAGGUUUCAAAGCAGCGCCCACCAUCUCUUCAUGUGCAAGUUCAUCAAAUUACAGCACCCGCACAAGAGUCGGAUCAGUUUCCACCCCGACAACCAGUCUGGACAGCCACGAGCCCUUACAGUACGCAUCCUCUCAAGCACCAACCGAGGUCGACCUCCCAUGCCCAACAUCCAACCCAAAAGAAAUACCGUCAUCCACGAAAGACACGGGAGACCAAGCAGAAGUCUUCGGCCUAGACGACUUCACCACAAUGACCGCCAUCGAACGCCUGGCUGCAAACUACGGCCGCGUAGCUCAUAUGGGCAUCCUCGACCGGAGCUACCGCUUCUUCGUCAACAAAUCCCGAACAGCAGCCCUCUCCUUUAAGAUCCAAAACGGCAUCGCCAUAAUCGGCGGCGACCCCCUCGCCCCAGAAGCCCUGAUUCCCUCGCUCCUCUCAGAGUUCACAGCCUACCGCAAACGCUACCACUGGGGUAUAGCAUUCAUGGGAGCAAGCGAGUCCUUCCUCAAAUCCCAAGCCCACCCAAACAACUGGACAACAAUCCGCUUCGGUACAGAAAGAGUCCUUAACCCCCAGACAAACGAAGUUCUCCUCGAAACAAGCGGGAAACGCAUAACAACCCAGAACCGCCAGCUCCUCAACAAAGCAAAAGCCGCCAUCACCCUGCACGUCUAUGUCCCUGCUGUUCACGGCACAGACGUAUCCCUCGAAUCAGAUCUCAUAUCGAUAUACGAUUCCUGGCGCGCUCAAAGAAACGACUCCGCCUCACCACAAGCUUUCAUAACCGUCUACGACCCCUUCGCGCUACCCUCGCUGAUGACGUUCAUAUACACCCGUUCCGCAGAAGGAGUGGUGAAUGGGUUCGCAGCCCUCCGUCGACUAGGCUCCGGCGGAUACCAUGUCGAUCCCUGCAUCGCAGCACCAGGCUCCAGCAAGGGAAUCAGCGACUUGUUACUUGUAGCCGCAAUGGCUUUGCUGAACCGUGCAGGCGUGUCAUAUCUGGGUUUCGGGUUCGAGCCUCUACAUUCGCUAUCCCGUGGUGAUGUGGUCGGUAUGCCUAGGCCUCUACGGGCUUUUACGCGUGAUCUGUAUUGCCGUGCGUUCUCGAGAUUGCCCAUUGGGGGCAAGAAGGCGUAUCAUGAUAAGUUCCGGCCUGAUCCGAUGUUGGAUCGUGGACUUUAUCUUGUCUUUCCGAGUAUUCCGGGUCCGAGGUUGCUGCUGGCUAUGACGCACAUGGCGAACAUUAGUUUGAGGAAAAUCGUUUGGGCGGAUGUUAGGGGGUGGGUUGAGAGGGGGAGGGGGAGAAGGGCGGUGGAAAGGAGACUGAGAAGGAGAAAGUUGUCGGGGGUGAAGGGCAUUCAGCUGUGGUUUCUGAGAAUCGGGCAUAAAUUGACUGAGUGGCAUUUCUUACUCGGAAUAUCUUGUCUUGUCGUUUUGGUGCUUUAG